AUGUCGCGGUCUGUUAAUGCAAAAAGAGCGUACGAGAGAUGGAUUCAAGAAUUCGAGCGUGUCUAUCGAAACAGUGACGAGAAGGACGACACAGUUGAGAUAUUUUCAGAGAAUUUGAAGUGUAUUGAAAAGUUGAACAAGGAUGGAAAUUCUAGUUACAUACUGGGUUUGAAUCAAUUUUUGGAUUUAAGUGGUAAAGAAUUUGCUAGUAAGUAUAGUUGUUUCACAAUGAAGGAAGAGUUUUUGGAGGAUAUGUUCAAUGAUAGUAAAGUUCCUGCUCCACCUAUCCUGUCACCAAAGUCUUGCUGGGUAUUUUCGUCAAUAGCAACAAUAGAAGGAACCGUCCAGAUAAAAACUCGUAAAUUGAUUAGUGGAUGUACUACUGGUAGAGUAACAUACAUAUUUCAGUAUGUAAUGAAAAAUGGAAGUUUUAAAAGUUACAAGAGUAACAUAUUUGAUAACCUACCAACUGAGGAAACGAUGGAUAUUUCGCAUGGAGUUAGUCUAAUUGAUUAUGGUGGAGAAGGUGAAGAUUCAUACUGA